AUUACAAAGAUUUGCCACGCUCAGCAACGUACAACUUAAACUAUAAGAAAAAUAUCCUCCUCCAAUUCAAUCGUUUAGUUCUUUCACAGUACCCAAAUCACACAGUUGCUAUGGCUUCUGUAAACAGUUUCGCAACCCAGAGAUUUCUUCCAAUCACAAACUCAAUAACCAACAGAGAGUCAAAAGCGCUGAAAUUUUCUGUAAAGGGUCUCUCCGGUUCUUCUUCACUUCAGAAAAAUUUCUACAAUAAAUCAACAAAUUUGAUAACUCGUUUAAAGCAAAAGAAAAUAGAUUGCGUGGUUGUUAAAUCAUCAGUUACAGAUGUAAAAAGUAGUGAUUCAUUAGAUCAAAAUGAAGGGGUUAUUAUAGCUCAUCAAAUUGAAAUUGAAUAUGAAAAUUCAUUGAGUAAUAAUGAUAAUCCAGUUGGUGAAUUAUCUAAUGAAGGGAGAGUAUUAUCAUUUGAGGUUGCUGGAGAAUUAAAGGGGAUUUCUUCUUCUUCUGCUACUACUACUUCUAUUUCUUCUGAUUCCGAAGAUAGGGCUGAAGGUGGAGAGGAAGAUGUUAAGAAGUUGAUUGAUAGAUCCAUUAAUGCUGCCAUUGUUCUUACUGCUGGUACUUUUGCUGUUACUAAAUUGUUAACCAUCGAUCAAGAUUACUGGCAGGGAUGGACUUUCUAUGAGAUACUAAGAUAUGCACCUCAACAUAACUGGGCUGCGUACGAGGAAGCUUUAAAAACAAACCCUGUUCUAGCUAAAAUGGUGAUAAGUGGGGUUGUCUACUCUGUUGGGGAUUGGAUUGCACAGUGCUUCGAAGGAAAACCUCUCUUUGAGUUCGAUCGUACGCGUAUGUUCAGAUCAGGACUCGUAGGAUUCACUCUUCAUGGAUCACUUUCUCACUAUUAUUACCAAUUCUGCGAGUCUCUUAUUCCCUACAACGAUUGGUGGUGGGUCCUAGCCAAAGUUGCUUUUGAUCAAACUGCCUGGGCAGCUCUUUGGAACAGCAUUUACUUUGUUGUUUUAGGUCUACUGCGUUUCGAAUCCCCAGCCAAUAUUUUUGGUGAACUAAAGGCUACAUUUGUGCCCAUGCUAACUGCAGGGUGGAAGCUCUGGCCUUUUGCUCAUCUGAUUACCUAUGGCGUUGUCCCAGUUGAACAAAGGCUUUUGUGGGUGGACUGUGUAGAGCUCAUUUGGGUGACCAUUCUGUCGACAUAUUCAAAUGAGAAAUCAGAAGCAAGAAUUGAUGCAUCAUUAGAGCAAGACUCCAUAUCUUCAGCGAUCAGUUCUCCCGAGGAGUAAAUGAAUUCCGGAUCACCAUCAGAUUUCUGAUAAAAAGGUCACUUCCGUCAUUAGGGAGGUAGCUGAUAGCCUGAUAGAAAUGGGAUAAGACCUCUCUUUUCCAAUAUGGGGUUGAAAGGUAAACUACAAAGACAGUGUUAAUGGAAAAAUGCAACUGAAGGGUAUGGCUUGUCGCAACACCUUGAGUUCUCACUUAGAUGUAAUAUGUAUAUUGUAUAACUUGGUCUCCACUCUCCAUUGUGUAAGACCCAUGUAAUCAUUUUAUACUGAUUUAUACAGAAUCAUAAGAAGAUAAUAUGUAUAUACAAUGAAAAUAAAAUUUUGUCAGUAAGAUCUUAUUCUA